AUGAGGCUUCGAAGCUCAGGGUUCCUAAAGUGGUCGUCUCUCCCUCCAGAGAUCCGCCACAUGAUUCUAAACACCAUAGUCGACCUCAAGAAUCCACGCUGGGCUGAUUUAGCUUCCGUUUCGAAAGAAUGGCAAAGCGUCAUUGGAGUGAGGAACAUGGCCAAGCUAAAGCUCCAAUCACCAUCCUGCUUCGACGGAUUCGAGAAAAUUGUUCAACAGAGACACCUUGUGAAGCAUAUCUAUCUUUGCGUCGAGCUACCGAAGUAUGACUGUACUCUUUGCAAGGCUCGUACUCGCACUCCUAGUUUUUCACGCGAUAGUUCCAUAAUCAGCCACGCUAUUGGCAAGAUCUUGUCUAUUUUGAGUACAUGGAAGACUCAAGGUCCUUUGACACUGGAACUCAACGCGGUUUCUUGCAAAUCAACUUGGCACGAUCCCUCGCACGGUUGGGUGAACGGUACCCAGCUAUGUACCUGUCACUGCGGUCACCAGCCUGUUGAUUCGUCGCCAAUUCCGCCGUUGUCUUCUACCUUCCAGUCUGGACAAACUGUUGUCGCAGCUGAACGUGAAGAAGCAAUAGGCAUGGUUUUGCCUAAAACACUCAAGAGUCUGAUCUUAUUUCAGCAUUCCGUUGAGCAUCUUACACAGUCAGCCUAUCAAGAUCCAAGUUACGAGAGGCUCAGAGACAUUCGGAAUCGUUUGGAUAUCCAAAAUAAAUCCAGCCGAUAUCUUGCUCAGACAAGCUUGAGACUUGAACAAUUUUUUGUCUCGUUCCUUAUUAACGCCGGGGAUUUUCUCGCAGCAUGUAGGAAAGAAUGGACGUGGGAGCAUCUGCAAUCAUUAGCGUUGAGUUUCCAAGGAAGUGGAAAGCACCACCAGGAGGGUAUUAACAGUCCACUACUCUCUACAGCAAAGGUUGCACUGCGAAUGCCGAAGCUUGAAACUUUGGUACUUUGGAGUGGAGACCGGGGAACCACCUGUGCAUUCAUCUACACAAGAAACGAAUACUGCGCUCAAGUGGUAUGGCGAGGUACAUGGGACCUGGAUAUCAGCCAGGAGGCUCUAAAAGCAUGGGAAGCUGUUGCCGCGCUUUAUUCCUUGGAACUGAGAGUUGAGCAUGAGCGUAUUCAAGAGGUUAUUCGCUCUUGUGGGGAUGCCAUACAUCACCUUAACCUGCCCUGUCAGAUUAUUCAACCUACGUCGCUUUGGCAGAUGCGAGUAGAGGAAGCCUAG